CCCUGCAUGGCUGGUCACCGGCACAGGAGGAUAAAACAAGCCCCGGAGUCAGGACUCUGCUCAAAGCUCUGUGCUCCCCCAACCCACUGCCUGCCUGACCCAGAGGAGCCCAGGAUGGCCUGGGCUCUGCUCCUCGCAGCUUCCACCCUGGUUUGCCUUGCGCUGGAGGCCAGCAAUCUGCGUUGCAGAGAAUGCGCCCUGGAGGAGCCCUACAUCGGUUGCCUCCCCGGAGCGUCUGAGUGCACCCCUAAGGCCGGGCAUCCAUGCAUGACUGUCAACAUCAGCUAUAGAGGCGAGGUGCAGUUCCUCCUCCAGGGCUGCAUCAUGAAUCCCAGCCGCUGCGGGAUGGUGAAGGAGCUGAUGGUCCCCGAGUACCACAUCAAUGUCACCUGCUGCUCCCACGCCUCCUUCUGCAACGAGUGGGUCCCGCUGCCCCCUGGCAAGGGAGGGCACUGAGUCUGACCUGCCACCCUCCUCUGUCCCUGCCUGUCCUCAGUCCCGGUCCCCGUCCCUCC